AUGACCGCCACGCGGCCCCUCACCGCCGCGCUGCUUGCUCUCUCGCUCGCGCGGCCGGUCUCCGCCCACUGCGUUCGCCUCGCCCCUUCACCGUGGAGCUGCGUUGCCGAGCGGCUGCCUCAGCCGGCCGCACCUCGCCUCCGGAGGAGCACCGCCAUCGCCGCAGCGUUGCCGGACGACCCUCCCGCCGAGCCAGGAGGCGCGCUCGGCCCUUCGAGCGGCGUGCCGACCGACCUUGCAGCGCCGCCCGACGAGCGGCUCAAGCUGCUCGAGCGGCUGAUUGACGAGCGGAUCCGAGCCAUCGCAGCGACGGGCGACGAGGACGAGACGCCCGCGAGGCAGCCCGGCCUCCGCGCCGUGCUUCUCAUGCUGCUGCUCUGGAGCUGGCCGUGGGCGCUCGCCGCGCUCGCCGGCUUCCUGCCGCUGCCCGCCGCAGUCAGCCGGCCUCAGGCGAGCGCCGCGCUCGCGCUUGUGAGCGCACAGCUGGAGACGCUGCGCGUGGUUGCGGCGCGUCUGCUGGUGGCGACCGCGUGCGGCGCGAUGCCGAGAACACACUACCGCCUCCACGGAGGAGCAGGCUCGGCGCUCUACACGCUCGCCUCCAUCUUCGGGAUCGAGGGCGGCGACUCGGUGCGCGCCGCGGCGCAGAUCUGCACCGGUGUCGGCUUCAUUGGCGCCGGCGUCAUCGCAAAGGGGGGCGGGAAGAGCCCCGUGCGCGGCGUCACGACGGCGUGUGCGGUGUGGGUCUCCGCCGCGCUCGGGGUGGUCGCUGCGUCGGGGAUGUGGCUCUUCGCCCUCUACUCGGCGGGGCUGUCGGUGACCAUCCUGCGCAUCUCGCGCUGGUACAACCGCCUCCUCGACGAGGCCCGCUGGGAGACCGGGUCCGCCUCGCACUGACUCGCGGCGGCACGCUCUUGGAGAGCGAUUCAUACAUCAUAGCUCGCACGCACCGUCGGCUGUCGGUGCUUCAAACGAUCUAGGUGCCUCGUGUAGAGCGGGUUGCGUGCUACUCAAGCGCACGUGUUUUCGCAAAUCUAGGCAAGAGGGGAUAAGAGCGGAUAAC